AUGGUGGCUCCGGCCUCAACGGGAGGCAACUCGACAGGCUUGCAGCCUUCGGCGAGCCGUCAACCUACCCGAUCCUCCAGCACCCACCCAUCGCAUUCUCACAAUGUACCUCUGAGCGCUCGACGCUCCGAACCUCUGGAUCUGUCCACGGUAGAGCGACGAGGACAGGCUAAUGCUCCUCGAGAACCGAGCAAACGAAUCCGACCUCAUGGCCUGCAAGAAGCCCCGACCUUUCGUCCAACCGAGGAGGAGUUCAGGGAUCCGGAAGCAUACAUUCGGAAGAUCGCGCCCGAAGGCAAGAAAUAUGGAAUUUGCAGGGUUAUUCCACCAGAAGGAUGGCAACCCACCUUUGCUAUUGACACGGAGCGCUUUCACUUCAAAACUCGUCGACAGGAGCUUAACUCGGUUGAAGGAGGUAUGCCCCCGCGUUCAGCCACGUUCGCUGCCGGUGGAACUCCGCAGCCCAGUUCUGACUCGAACCCAGGUACUCGUGCGAACUUGAACUACCUCGACCAGUUGGCCAAGUAUCAUAAACAAAAUGGUACCAAUCUCAAUCGCUUCCCAAGUGUCGAUAAGCGACCCCUGGAUCUUUACAAGUUGAAAAAGGCGGUCGAAGUUCGAGGUGGUUUUGAUCAAGUCUGCAAGAUGAAGAAAUGGGCGGAGAUUGGUCGCGAUCUGGGCUAUAGCGGCAAAAUUAUGUCUUCUCUUUCGACAUCGCUUAAAAAUUCUUAUCAGAGAUGGCUUCAACCGUACGAGGAAUAUCUACGGGUAGCUAAGCCUGGAGUGCAGCAGCAACUGGAGCUGGAACAUGGCGGGCCUUACACGCCGUCGCCCAACCAUUCACCUAUGACCAAGAAGCCGAUCCCGCCGGAAAACCGGACUCCUUCAGCGACUCCUCAAAGCGCACUUAGCAUGGCGGCUACGGCUCCCCAGAGCACCUCGAAAGAGUAUGAGGCAACCCCUGAUAAACUCCCGCCAGCGGUUGAGCCUACUCCACCCCGACCCAUCGCCUCCGGUUUUACUCCCGUCAAUGCCAGCUCCGGCUUCACCGCUGUCAAUCAAUCUCCUUUUGUCGCGGUCAACAGUGCUCCGGUGAAACGUGAAGCUGAGAAUGGCUCACUUACCCCGAAAAGCGUCGCAGAACACCCUGCCACGUCGACGCCUGUCUCUAAUGGCCACGGAAGCCAUCCGAUGAAACGCGCGAUCAGCCAUGAAAGCGGUUCGCAAACUGACAACGGCGAUGAUCCGAACGGCCGGCGAAGUAAGCGCCUUCGAAAAGAUGCUCCACCAACUGUCGCUGGUUCACACAUGAGUCUUCUUCGUCCUACUCCUCCACGGCCCCGUAAGAGUGACAGUCGCAAAACCGGUGAUAAGUGCGAGAACUGUGGAAAGUCAGAAGAUCAAUCUUCUAUUCUUGUGUGUGAUAGCUGUGAUCACGGGUACCAUAAGCAAUGUCUCGACCCUCCCUUGACAACUGUCCCGGAGUAUGACUGGCACUGCCCCAAGUGUCUUGUAGGCACCGGGGAGUUCGGUUUCGAAGAAGGAGGAGUUUAUUCCCUGAAGCAAUUCCAGGAGAAGGCCCGUAACUUCAAGAAACAUUACUUUGCCUCCAAGAUGCCUUUUGAUCCCGUUCUCAACACUCACCGUCGUGAAUCCGAGGAUGACGUGGAACGUGAGUUUUGGCGGUUAGUGGAAAGUCUGACGGAGACGGUUGAAGUCGAAUACGGUGCCGACAUCCACUCAACUACGCAUGGAAGUGGGUUUCCCACGAUCGAGCGGAAUCCGCUCGACCGAUAUUCAGUUGACCCUUGGAAUCUAAAUGUUCUCCCGUUCCAUGGGGACUCGCUUUUCCGCCAUAUCAAGUCUGACAUUUCCGGCAUGACGGUUCCCUGGGUGUAUGUCGGCAUGUGUUUCUCAACCUUCUGUUGGCACAACGAGGAUCAUUACGCCUAUUCCGCCAAUUACCAGCACUUUGGUGCCACCAAGACAUGGUACGGAAUUCCCGGGGCGGAUGCCGAAGCAUUCGAGGAGGCAAUGCGACAGGCUGUCCCGGAGCUUUUCGAAGGUCAGCCCGACUUGCUUUUCCAGCUUGUUACUCUGAUGCCACCGGACCAACUCCGGAAAGCCGGCGUCAAUGUCUAUGCACUUGAUCAAAGGGCCGGGCAAUUUGUCAUCACUUUCCCGCAGGCGUAUCAUGCUGGGUUCAACCACGGCUUCAAUUUCAACGAAGCUGUCAACUUUGCGCCCGCAGACUGGGAGCCGUGGGGUGCAGCGGGUGUCGAGCGUUUACAGGCCUUCCGGCGUCAUCCAUGUUUCUCACACGACGAGUUGCUAUUAACAGCAGCGGCUCGUGAUCCAUCAAUCAAAACUGCCAAGUGGUUGGCUCCUGCGCUCCAGAGGACCUCUGAGCGUGAACUGGCUGAUCGAGCCUUAUUUGCAGCUCAACAUCGAGAGGUCGCUCCUCAUAAUUGCACUCUCGGAUCCCGGGAGCCUCCGGCUGCUGGUGGUUGUCAACUAAAACUCAUAGUCGAAGAGGAAGAUCUUCCCGAGGAGGAUUACCAAUGCCAAUUCUGCAAGGCUCUUAGCUACCUGACGCAAUUCCGCUGCCAUAGGACCGGGAAGACAGUGUGCCUGGUACACGUGGAAACUUACGAUUGCUGUGGAGAACCGCUCACCCAAAGGUUACUUGGACCAGACCACACAUUGCGUUACCGGAUUAGCGACGACGACUUAAGAACCUUGGUACACAAGGUUCAGGAACGUGCCAGGAUCCCGGAAGCAUGGGGUGAGAAGCGUGACAAGACUCUGGAAGAAGAUCCUAGGCCCCAGUUGAAGGUCCUUCAUAACCUACUAAAUGAAGGUGAGAAAAUCCCAUACCAUUUGCCUGGUCUCCAAGAUCUUGCGGCGUUCGUUCAGCGUUGCGAUAAAUGGGUUGAAGAAGCAACCAACUACAUCACCCGGAAGCAGCAGAACCGGAGGAAGAACGAGAAGGCUUGGCGCAGGAGUACUUCUAAGGCCGCGCAGCUGGAAGAACGUGAUCGUGAAGUUCGCAGAGUAGAAAACAUCUACGCCCUUCUUGCAGAGGCUGAUAAACUGUCGUUCGACUGUCCACAGAUGGCUGCUCUGGAAGAGAAGACCCGCGAGAUCGAGAAAUUCCGCCAGGACGUUAACGGUGCCCUCAUGAACCCCCAUAUCCGAUCGGUCCAGGAAGUGGAAGAGCUAGUGGAGUCCUCCCGCAAUUUCAACGUGGAGAUACCCGAGGUAGAAGGACUGGAACACAUCCUUCGGCAGAUGAAGUGGAAUGACGAGGCGCGUCGGCGACGGGAACAGUAUUUGACCCUCAAGGACUGCCAGGAGCUCAUCCUAGCCGGCGAACAACUAGGACUCUCGGAAACCAAUGACCAUCUCCUCUAUCUCAAGGACCUGUGCCGCCAUGGAGAGGCCUGGGAAGCUAAGGCCAAGGAACUGAUGUCCGUUGAGGCAGUCCACUAUCAACAGCUCGAAGCGCUGUCCGCCCAGGCAACCCGAUUUCCCGUCUCGCCCGAGACCCUCGCAGGCGUGGAUGCCAUAUUGACAAAACAGCGUGAGGCACAGAAAAAGAUCCAAUCCCUAUAUGAAAGGAGUAGGGAUCCUGACCUUCGAAACCGUCCCAAGUAUAAAGAGGUCCGCGAGCUUAUGGAGUCCCUGGAGGAACUAAACAGCCGGCCAACCGGUGCCCUUGAUCUGGAGCGAGAACAGAAACGUCACGAGGACUGGAUGAGGAAAGGCAAGAAAUUAUUUGGAAAGGCCAACGCUCCGCUCCACAUUUUGAAAUCCCACAUGGAGUACGUUGAAAAGAGAAACUCUUACUGUUUUGAUCUGGAAGAUCGAUGUCGGCCUCCGGUCGAACCGGCCUCGAGAGAUAACAGCCCAGACGGUCUUCUGGAGAAUAAUACUGCCCCCAGCAUGUGGGGAGGAGGAAAGUCACGCAAACGAGACGUGUUCUGUAUUUGCAGACAUUCGGAGGCGGGUAUGAUGAUCGAGUGUGAAGUCUGCCACGAAUGGUACCACGGCAAAUGCUUGAAGAUCGCGAGAGGCAAAGUCAAGGAAUUUGACAAAUACACCUGUCCUAUCUGCGACUGGCGCCAAAAGAUUCCCCGUGAUGCCGCGCGCCCCAAACUUGAGGAUCUUCAGGAAUGGCAGGCCGAAAUUGCCGGUUUACCGUUCCAGCCUGAUGAAGAAGAGAUCCUCGACAGUAUACUCAACCAAGCGACUACCUUCCGUGACUUUCUUCAGAGCUUCACCAACGCCGCCUGUACCACCACCGAAGAAGUUCCGACCCUGAUAUUUUAUUUGCGGAAGAUCGAGGGCGCCGAGGUUUUACUGGCGUACGAGACCAACUUCUUCCGACAAGAAAUCCAUAAGUGGGCGCCUGUGGCUCCGGAAGCCCCGCCGAUCCUAGAACAGUCUCUUUCCACUCGCAAGCCGCGCCCAACGAAGCAACAAAAGAUUAUGGCACAGUUGGGCGUCGAGCGUCCGGAAGACCUUCCACCUCACCUGCGCUCGAAACAGCCGAAUCUCGCCAAACGCAGAUCCAUUGACUCCCCAACCAGCAGACCUCCCCUCCUCCUGCCCGCACCUCACACUCCUACCGGCGACUCUCAUUCGGAUGCUUAUCGCUCGGGGCCUACUUUGGCCACGAUGUCAGACUCCCAAAACCCCCCUUACCCUUUCUCUGCCAAUUACUCUCUUCCCGGAAGUGACACCACACCGGCCUUCGCGCCAGAUUCUUCCGCAUUCCUACCCCACGCUGCGGCGCGUUCUCCUUCGUUCCCUGCUCGCUCUCCCUCCCCGCAUCACCAAGGGCUAGAUACGUCGCUCUUCAGUUCUCCCCAGUUCACUCGGGACCAAAAUGACACGGCCCCGGGCGUGGACGUCGAUAAUGAGGAUCCAUUUGAUAGUAGUCCGCGACAGAAUCUAGACGACGUGUUUGCAGACCUGACGAAUCAAGACGUCGAACCGGAUCCGGAACCCCAACAAGUGCUGGAACCUGAACUGGAACCCAUGGAGAACUCCCACGCUAUCGAGGCGCUCGAGGUUCUUGACGCUAGCAAUGAGGAUCAUUCUGAUCCUACGGACGAUGAAGCUUCACCUGACAGCAAACCCAAUGGAGCCGUUAAAGCCUUGACGGAAUCGGAAGUCGCAUCUAACGCGGACUUGGUUUAA